CACAUAUAUGUAUAUAUGUGUAUGCAUCUACGCUUUGUUCCAGUACCCUUUUUUGGAGAACGAAAAAGCAGGAUGUUUCACACUUGCGGCUCCAGAGAACUAGGACAUGAAAAUCUCCAGAACUCAAUUCAAAUUUACAUCUUCACUUCACCAUGUAAGUUUCGAAACCUUCACUAUUCUCUCAACACAAGGGUUUCUCUAGGGUUUAAUUUGUAUAAUCAACACAGCUCAGUUAAAAGACGAAAUUGUUCUUUGCAUUCUGUAUCUCCUUCCUUAAAAAUCGACCAAACCCUUGACGAGAUUGUGAAUUUACAUACUGAGAAGCAAAACUCUAGAGUAAAUAGGGUUUCUACGGGGUUUAAGCUUCAAACUCAUUCUAGGCCAGUGGUUUUGCCAACACGAACUGCAAUCAAUGGUAAGAAGAAGAGGUAUGGAGGCGUUUUGCCUUCGAUUUUACGGUCGUUGGAGUCCGAAGAUGACAUCGAGAAAACCCUUGAUUUGUAUGAUGGGCAGCUCAGUCCCAAAGAGCAAACUGUGAUUCUCAAAGAGCAGAGGAGUUGGGAGAGGGUUUUUAGGGUUUUUAAGUGGAUGAAAUCACAGAAAGAGUACUUGCCCAAUGUAAUUCACUAUAAUGUUGUGCUUCGAGCUCUUGGCCGGGCUAAAAAAUGGAACGAGUUAAGGCUGUGCUGGAUUGAAAUGGCUAAAAAUGGUGUCUUGCCUACGAAUAACACUUAUGGUAUGCUUGCUGAUGUGUAUGGAAAAGCGGGUCUUGUUAAAGAAGCACUCCUGUGGAUUAAGCACAUGAGACUAAGGGGAAUGUUCCCCGAUGAGGUCACGAUGAAUACAGCUGUUCGAGUUCUGAAGGAUGCAGGGGAAUAUGAUAGGGCAGAUAAGUUUUACAAGGACUGGUGCGUUGGCAGGAUUGAAUUGGAUGAUCUUGAUCUAGAUUCUAUGGCUGAUUCUGAAUCUGGGUCGUUCUCGGAACCCAUUAGUUUGAAGCACUUUUUGUUGACUGAGCUUUUCAAGACAGGUGGAAGAAACCCUCCUUCGAAAAUUCUGGUUUCAUCGGAAAUGGAGAGCUGUGUUAAGAAGCCCCGACUUACAGCUACUUAUAAUACUUUGAUUGAUUUGUAUGGGAAGGCAGGUCGCUUAAAGGAUGCAGCUGAUGUGUUUGCUGAAAUGCUAAAAUCUGGAGUGGCAGUGGAUACUUUUACUUUCAAUACUAUGAUCUUCACUUGUGGAAGUCAUGGGCAUUUGCCAGAGGCAGAAUCUUUGCUUAGUAAGAUGGAAGAAAGGGGAAUAUCACCUGACACCAAAACUUACAACAUCUUUCUAUCUCUGUAUGCUGACGUGGGGAACAUGGAUGCAUCUCUUCAGUGUUACAGGAAGAUAAAGGAAGUUGGUCUUUUUCCUGAUGUUGUAACCUAUAGGGCUGUUCUACAUACAUUGUGUGAGAGAAGCAUGAUUCAAGAAGUAGAGGCUGUGCUUAAUGAAAUGGACAAAUCUGGUGUGCGUAUUGAUGAGCACUCUCUUCCUGUUGUUAUUAAGAUGUAUGUUAAUGAAGGAUUGCUUGAGAGGGCAAAAAUCCUUCUCGAGAAGUGCCAGUUGGAUGGUAGGGUGUCAUCGAGGUCAUAUGCAGCUAUAAUAGAUGCAUAUGCUGACAAGGGACUUUGGGCUGAAGCUGAGGCUGUCUUCUACAGGAAGAGGGAUUUAGGUGGACAGAAGAAGGAUGUUGUGGAAUAUAAUGUCAUGAUCAAAGCAUAUGGUAAGGCAAAGCUUUAUGAUAAAGCUUUCUCACUCUUCAAGAACAUGAAAAAUCAUGGGACUUGGCCGGAUGAAUGUUCUUAUAACUCUAUCAUUCAAAUGUUUGCUGGGGGUGAUUUAGUAGACCAAGCAAUGGACCUUUUAGCUGAAAUGCGAGCAGUGGGAUUUAAACCCACAUGUCUAACAUAUUCUGCUGUUAUUGCAAGUUAUGCUCGUUUGAGCAGGCUUUCUGAUGCAGUUGAUGUCUAUCAAGAAAUGGUAGGAGCAGAAGUAAAACCAAAUGAAGUUGUUUAUGGAUCUUUGAUUAAUGGAUUUUCAGAAGCUGGCAGAGUUGAAGAAGCUCUUCACUAUUUCCACAUCAUGAAAGAAUUUGGCAUUUCUGCAAAUCAAGUGGUUCUAACCACCCUGAUUAAGGCUUAUAGUAAGGUUGGGUCCUUGGAAGGAGCAAAACAACUGUAUGAGAAAAUGAAGGAUUUGGAGGGUGGCCCUGAUAUCGUGGCAUCAAAUAGUAUGCUCAAUCUAUAUGCAGAUCUUGGAUUGGAGUCUGAAGCCAGAUUAGUUUUUGAUCAUUUGAAAGAGAAGGGUUGGGCAGACGGGGUUACAUUUGCAACCAUGAUGUAUCUUUACAAGAACAUGGGCAUGCUUGAUGAAGCCAUUGAUAUUGCUGAGGAGAUGAAAGAAUCAGGUUUACUGAGGGACUGUGUUUCAUUUAAAAAGGUGAUGGCAUGCUAUGCAACAAAUGGGCAGUUAGUCGAGUGCGGGGAAUUGUUGCAUGAAAUGGCGAGUCGGAAGAUUUUGCCGGAUGGUGGGACAUUUAAAGUACUAUUUACCGUAUUGAGAAAGGGAGGCAUUCCAAACGAAGCAGUAACACAGCUGGAAUUAUGUUACAAGGAAGGUAAACCUUUUGCCAGACAAGCUGUAAUAACCUGUGUCUUCUCUGUAGUGGGCUUGCAUGCUUUUGCGCUUGAAUCCUGUGAAAUCCUCACAAAAGCUGAAGUGGGGUUUGAUACCUUUCCCUACAAUGUUUUAAUAUAUGCUUACGGGGCUUCGGGAGAAAUCAACCAGGCUUUGAACGUUUUCAUGAAAAUGCAAGAUGAGGGUCUAGAACCAGACCUUGUUACUUUCAUUAAUCUUGUAGGUUGUUAUGGAAAAGCUGGCAUGGUAGAAGGUGUGAAGCGCAUUUACAGCCAAUUGAAAUAUGGCGAGAUUGAGCCGAAUGAAUCCUUGUUCAAGGCGAUCAUUGAUGCCUAUAAAAAUAACAACAGACAUGACCUUGCUGAAAUGGUUAACCAAGAGAAGCGAUUUGCUUUUGACACACAACAUUAUGCUGAUUCUGAAAUAGAAGAUGAUCCUGAUGAAACUUCUACAGAAUUCACAGACAUGGUGUAGUUGAGGGGAGACGGACACUUUUUUUGUUCUUCAGGAAACGGGGAACCCUUCCAACCUGGUUAACUUUGGCACAUGGUAUUGUUGAAGUAACAAGCUCCUUACGUUGUUCAAUGUACAUAGCAUAUGUGUGCAGCAUUCAUGUUUGUGUUUUUAUGAACUGUACAACUAUCAACUGAUGGAUACAUGUGACAUAGUAGUUGCAGAUUUUGGUGGAAGAUGUAAUACAUUGGUGUGGAGAAUACGCCAUAUGUAUCUUUGAAAGCAUAUUGUAACCAUGAUUUUAAUUUUUAAAUAAAAGUGCACCUUAUGGAAAUGAUGUACUAUGCAUAAUUGAAGUUAAUGUGUUUGAGGCCA